AUUUGACAGAUCGAACUUAGCUAUUCUUUCGGUUUAAAACUGAAAAUCAUACAGCAAUUUCAUUCUUAUUGCUGUCAAAUUCUUCUGUUUCCAUUAACGUUUUUAGAGUCGAGUCUCUGUAACCUCUCCAACUCGGGUCCCUUCCGGACCCUGUUGGUGACGACACAAUUAUACGCCGGUUUUGCAAGUUCAAUCUGUAUUUCAAUACAUUGUAGCCGCGGAAAAUGUCACAGUUUCCGGCAAACUUGAUGCCCGAUGAGGCCAGCCCGGAAUGGAUGAACAAAGGCGACAACGCAUGGCAGCUCACAGCAGCAACUCUAGUCGGACUCCAAAGCGUUCCAGGCCUCGUUAUUCUUUACGGCAGCAUCGUCAAGAAGAAAUGGGCUGUAAACUCAGCCUUCAUGGCUUUAUAUGCCUUCGCCUCGGUCCUGGUUUGUUGGGUGAUAUGGGGCUACAGAAUGUCAUUUGGGGACAAUUUGUUACCAUUCGUUGGUCUUCCUAACAUCGCCUUGGACGAGAAAUUUCUUCUACGAAAAGCGUUUCUUGGGUCGUUCCCUAACGUGACUAUGGUGUAUUUUCAGUUCGUGUUUGCUGCGAUUACAUUGGUUUUGAUUGCUGGUGCAUUGCUUGGGAGAAUGAAUUUUCAUGCCUGGAUGAUUUUUGUCCCACUUUGGCUAACAUUUUCCUAUACCAUUAGUGCUUAUAGCAUAUGGUGCCCUGAUGGCUGGUUGUCAAAGAUGGGAAUUAUUGAUUUUGCAGGGGGAUACGUGAUUCAUGUCGCCUCAGGGGUCUCGGGUUUCACUGCUGCUUACUGGGUCGGGCCGAGGUCAAUUAAGGAUCGAGAGACAUUCAUCCCAAACAACAUUCUGUCAAUGCUAACCGGCGUUGGGUUCGUCUGGUUGGGUUGGACGGGAUUCAAUGGUGGAGCUCCGUUUGUGGCCAGCAUCGAUGCAUCCAUGGCCAUCCUUAACACGAACAUUUGCACCGCCACAAGCUUGCUCACAUGGCUCAUUCUUGACAUCAUAUUCUUUAAGAAACCUUCUGUGCUUGGCGCCACCCAAGGCAUUAUCACUGGCUUGGUCUGUAUCACCCCUGGCGCAGGAGUGGUUCAAGGUUGGGCUGCAAUCAUAAUGGGGUUGCUCUCAGGCAGCAUUCCAUGGUACACAAUGAUGAUUCAUGGGGCUCUUGGAAAGCAUGCUUUCUGUUGGAAGGCAAGGCGCAUACAUGAAUUUGACUCGCUCGACACUUUGGUAGUUCAGUUGGGAGCGCUCUUAGACCUUGGCCAGUUUGGAGCACAACCUGCGGUUUACUUGGUCUGUGUGAAAAGGGGCUGGAUCGUAGACUUCAAGAUUAGUCGUUUUUCUCUAGCAGUGCAAGGUGAAGGGAUGCCAAUUUCUAUCCCCUUAUUGGGACCUUUGCCAGAUGAUAAAGCAAUAAUCGACCGCCAUAACAAGCCAUUUAUUCACCAUGUAACCAGACUUCUAUUGGAAGUAGCCCCCUCAAGAGUGGUUCAAGGUUGGGCUGCAAUCAUAAUGGGGUUGCUCUCAGGCAGCAUUCCAUGGUACACAAUGAUGAUUCAUGGGGCUCUUGGAAAGCAUGCUUUCUGUUGGAAGGCAAGGCGCAUACAUGAAUUUGACUCGCUCGACACUUUGGUAGUUCAGUUGGGAGCGCUCUUAGACCUUGGCCAGUUUGGAGCACAACCUGCGGUUUACUUGGUCUGUGUGAAAAGGGGCUGGAUCGUAGACUUCAAGAUUAGUCGUUGUAAGGCGGACCCCUGA